AUGGGCCCCAACAUGUCGGCGCUGGGCAAGCAGCAUCAGGCGGCGGCGGCCAUGGCGCCGAAGCGGGCGUACGUCACCUUCCUUGCGGGCGACGGCGACUACUGGAAGGGCGUGGUGGGGCUGGCCAAGGGCCUUCGCCGUGUCCGCGCCGCCUACCCACUGGUGGUGGCCAUGCUCCCCGACGUGCCCGAGGAGCACCGCCGCAAGCUCCGCGACCAGGGCUGCGUCGUCCGCGAGAUCGAGCCUGUGUACCCGCCCGAGAGCCAGACGCAGUUCGCCAUGGCCUACUACGUCAUCAACUACUCCAAGCUCCGGAUCUGGGAGUUCGUGGAGUACGAGCGCAUGGUGUACCUGGACGCGGACAUCCAGGUGUACUCGAACAUCGACCACCUGUUCGACCUCGACAAGGGCAAGUUCUACGCCGUGAUGGACUGCUUCUGCGAGAAGACGUGGAGCCACACGCCGCAGUACAAGAUCGACUACUGCCAGCAGUGCCCGGAGCGAGUGUCGUGGCCGGAGCAGGAGCUGGGCCCGCCGCCGCCGCUCUACUUCAACGCCGGCAUGUUCGUGCACGAGCCCAGCCUGCGCACCGCCAAGGACCUCCUGGACGCGCUGGUGGUGACGCCGCCGACGCCGUUCGCGGAGCAGGACUUCCUGAACCUCUUCUUCCGCGACGUGUACUCGCCCAUCCCGCCGGUGUACAACCUGGUGCUCGCCAUGCUGUGGCGGCACCCCGAGAAGGUGGUGCUCGACGAGGUGAAGGUGGUGCACUACUGCGCGGCCGGGUCCAAGCCGUGGAGGUACACGGGGAAGGAGCCCAACAUGGAGCGCGAGGACAUCAAGGCGCUGGUGGCCCAGUGGUGGGACAUCUACGACGACGAGAGACUCGACUACAAGGGCGCGCCCGGUGGUGGUCGGCGGCGACGGCGAGGAGGAGGCGGUGGACCAGGCGAGGCUGCCGCUGCGCCAGGCCCUGGCCCAGGCCGGCGCCGUCAAGUACUUCCCCGCGCCGUCGGCUGCCUAGGCGCGCCGCCGGUUGCCGGCCGGGACGACGGCGUGCACCCCGGCUAG